CCCUCCGCCGCCGCCGCCGCCGCCAGCAGCAGCAGCAGCAGCAGCAGCAGCAGCAGCCGCUCUCGGACGGCGUCGAGGCGGCGACCAUGAACGCUCGCGCGUGUCCCCGCGGGCCGGCGCUCCGCUCCCGGUCGGCGGCGGUGGCCGCCGCGCUGGCCGUGCUGCUCGUCCAGACUCUGCUGGUGUGGAACUUCAGCAGCCUGGACGGGUCGUCUGGCGAGAAGCGAGCCGACGGGCAGCCGCCCAGGAGCGGCUUACGAAGGAGGAGCGAGCCGCCGCUGGAGCUCGGAAACGCGGCCGGGAGACACAAGCUCCGAGCCGACCUUCACCGCUCCCACCGACCCAAAGAGAAGCGACGUCCUUCCCCCGACAGCAACAACAACGAGAACUCAGUCCCUAAAGACUUUGACAACGUGGACAGCGGCCACCCGAGAGGGCUGGCGCAGCGCCAGCGGGGGGCGCCGCCGCUCGUCGGCGCCAACCGCACACCGGACAAAGCCCAAAGCAUCCUGGGAAAAUCAGCCAACCGAGUCGUCAAGCUCCCUGAAGCGGGACGGAGCAGCCGUAACGGAACCCGCGUCCCAGAACGGUCGAAAAAGACGGCGACCUCCCCGUCGCCUGCGUUGCCGACGUCGCUGGCGUCGCCGUCCGAGUGCGAGAUCGGCGGCAAGGAGGUCAUCUCAGCGCUGUCCCGGGCCAAAAGUCGAGAGUGUCGUCAGCGAAUGGCCGACGUCUACUGCCGACACAAGAAGGACCUGCUCAUGCCGCACAAACUUCCUCGAUACUGCCCCCUGCAGGGUAAAGUGAGCGUGAACGUCCAAUGGGACGAGGAGCACGCAUCCGACUCCGCCCCCGUGUCACCGGUGCGGGUGGCCUUUGUGCUGGUGGUGCAUGGGCGUGCCUCGCGCCAGUUCCAGCGGCUCUUCAAGGCCAUCUACCACACGGCGCACUUCUACUACAUCCACGUCGACCAGAGGUCCAACUUCCUGCACCGCGAGGUGACGCUGCUGGCCCGCCAGUACGCCAAUGUGCGCGUGACGCCGUGGAGGAUGGCGACCAUCUGGGGCGGCGCCAGCCUGCUGAGCAUGUACUUGCGCGCCAUGGAGGACCUCCUCAACAUGGCCGACUGGUCGUGGGACUUCUUCGUCAACCUCAGCGCCGCCGACUACCCCAUCCGGACCGAUGAUCAGCUGGUCGCGUUCUUGUCCAAACAUCGCCACCUCAACUUCAUCAAGUCCCACGGCCGCGACAACGCCCGUUUCAUCCGCAAGCAGGGUCUGGACCGUCUCUUCCUAGAGUGCGACACGCACAUGUGGCGCCUGGGGGACCGCAAGAUCCCGGAAGGCAUCGCGGUGGACGGUGGUUCCGAUUGGUUCCUGCUCAACCGGGCCUUCGUGGAAUACGUGGUGCGAUCCGUGGACGAGCUGGUUGCCGGCUUGAAGCAAUUCUACGCCUUCACGCUGCUUCCUGCUGAGUCGUUCUUCCACACAGUGCUGGAGAACAGCGCCCUCUGCGGGAGCAUGGUGGACAACAACCUGAGGCUGACCAACUGGAACCGCAAGCUGGGCUGCAAAUGUCAGUACAAGCACAUCGUGGAUUGGUGCGGAUGCUCGCCCAACGACUUCAAGCCCGCCGACUUGCCGCGCUUCCAGCAAGCGUCGCGGCCCACCUUCUUCGCCAGGAAGUUCGAGGCCAGCGUGAGCCAGGAAGUCAUCAACCGGCUGGACGCGCAGUUGUUCGGGGCGGCGGCGCCGGGCCUGCCGGGCCUCAGCGCGUACUGGGAGAACGUCUACGAGCGGGAGACGGACGGCGCGGGCGGCCUGACGGACGCCGCGCUCAGCCACUACCACGCCUUCGCUCGCUUCGGCCUGGAGCGCGCCGCUGCCGCGCUGCGGGGGCGCCCCGGGGACAACGGCUGCAGGUACGAGGCGGCUGGUCACCCUCUGUCUGUGCACAUGUACUUCCUGUCAGACCAGUUCCAGGGUUACUUGGUGCGCCACACGGCACUGAACCAAGCCUCCAACCAGUUGGAGACUCUGGAGACCUGGGUGACCCCCCGGGACCACUUUACCCUGGCCAGCCCCCCGCACCCCAACAAUAGGCUGCUGCACAUACAGGUGGGAGUGGCGUGGGACGCCAAGGAGCGCGUGUUCAGCGUGCGCGGGGGCCCGCUGGGUCCCGAGGACGAGCCGGCGGCUGCGCAGCGGUGGAGCCGUGGGGGUCCGGCGGCGGGCAACCUGACGGCCACGGUGGUGUGGAUCGACCCCACCAACGUGAUCGCCGCCACCUACGACAUCCACGUGGACGCCGCCGCCGACGUCACCCACUACCGGCCCCCGCUGACCGGCCCCCUGCGGCCCGGCGUCUGGACCCUGAGGGUCCUCAACCGGUGGAGUCUGCUGGGACAGACCAGCUUCGCCGUGGCCCCGCUGCUGUUCCGCCGACAGCAGCCCAUCACGCAAGAGGAGGCAUCGCGUGUCCACGGAGGUCCGGCCCGGAACUCGUACAUGGAGCAGAGCUUCCACGGGCUGAACCCGGUCCUGCGCCUGCCGGUCAGCUUGGGGGCGGUGGAGGAGGCGGAGGCCAACGCCGGCCUGACGGGGGCGCCUCUGCGUCUGUGGCUGGACCGCGUGCUGGCCGGCUUCUGGGCGGCGGCGGACGUCUGCGCCGUCGGCCCCGCCGUCUGUCCUGUGCUGCCGCGCUGCCGCCGGACCGCCUGGAGCUCGUACAGCCCGGACCCCAAGUCCCAAAUCGGACCCGCCCGACCCGACGGACGCAUCAGGUAGCCAAAGGGGAACUUUCAAGUAUUCCAUUUUAUGGCCAUGGACGACACUCGUUUUAUUUUUCAAGUCUGUGCGCCUUCAGUAUGCCUCCUCGUUGUGGCCUCCUUUCGAACAAGACCGAGUUCUUUUCGUCCGGCCCGCCGAGCGUCUACAUUAGUAAGACUCCGAUAAUAUUUUUUAUUUCAUUAUUUUUUUGUUUUUAAGGUCACCCCCAGCAAAACUGAUUAGUUUUUUUAUUUAGCGCAUUAAAUAUAGUUUUUGUUUAAUAUAAUAAUGUUAUUAUACAAUUUAAUUCCCCAAAAGUUAAUUGUAUUUAUUCUUUUAAUUACACUUUUAUCACAUUAAAUAAGUUAUCAUAUAUAAUGAAUUCCUAAAAUUUUGUUCAUUCAGUGGAUUUAUUCAUUUAUUUCUGUAUCCCAUUAAAUAGUUGGUUGAUUUGAAUAUAUAUGUUGUUUAUUUAACAACUUGGUGUUUAUUAAUAAUGAUAUUAUUUAAUAAUAAAUAAUUUCUAAUACAAUCUAUUCUAAAUAAUAGAAUAUAAAAUGAAAAUGAUAUAAGAUCUCAUUAUUACAAUUUUACAUUUUUUUUUUUCAACUCAAAAAUGAAAGCGCAGCACGGUUAGCACAUCUGCCUCACAGUUGUGAGGCCCGGGGUUCAAUCCCCGGCCCCGCCUGUGUGGCGUUUGCAUGUUCUCCCCGCGCCCGCGUGGCUUUUCACCGGGCACUCCGCUUUCCUCCCACAUCCCCAAAACAUGCGUGCUCGGUUGAUUGACAACUCUAAAUUGCCCGUAGGUGUGACUGUGAGUGCGAAUGGUAGUUUGUUUGUAUGCGCCCUGCGAUUGGCUGGCGACACAGCGGCACAGAAAACGGAUGGAUGGAUAAAAAUGAAAGCACGAGUUUUCCCGAGGCCAAUCAGGACGCUAGCGGAAUGUCGUCAGAGUGAAACGGUGUUUCGAAGCGGAUUCCGCUGACUUCCUCCUAUUGUUUCGCAGGCGGGGACGCCACGCUGUUAUUGUUAUUGUACAUUGUGUAUUAUAUAUUACGCGGAACCAACUUGCAGUGUUGGGCCCCCAAGGAGCAGCCGGUGCCCAGGUUGACCCUCGACACAAAUACAACAAAUAUUUAUUAAUUUUGUAUCGGUUUCCGUGGGAAUUUAUUGACCAAGUAUUUAUUUGUUACGGUGAUGAUGUUACCAUGGCAACAGACGAGCACAACUUCAAAGACGUGCCUCAAAAGAGACCCUCGUGAGACGGGCGGCUCGUUCAUAUAAAUGUAUUAUUUAUAUUAUUAUUAUUUAAAAAACAAUGUUGUGAAUUAAAGGUGAACACUGUGAGAUUUCAAGCUGCCUCACAUUUGUACGUUCUUAUUUAAGCGGAGAAUUUAAUAUAAAUUGUUGAUUUAAAUGUUGCAUAUUUGUAAUGUUUUCAAACAUGAACUUUUUCUUUCCUCGCUGCUCUUUGUUGACACUUGUAAUUUUGUGCCUUUUGUGUUCCACACGGAAAACGUCACAUGGGCGCCUUCGAACGACAACUUUGGGAACAAUAAAUCAUUUCAGAAAAAGAUCA